AUGAUCAGCGCCCCUGAUGUGGUGGCGUUCACCAGGGAGGAGGAGCUGGAGGACGAGUUGUGCAGCGAGCCCCCGCUGCCCGAGGAGUACUCGGUGCCGCUCUUCCCCUUCGCCAGCCACGGCGCCAACCCCUGGGCCAAGGUCGCCAGCUCCAAGUUCACCCGCGACUUCAUCCUCAUCUCCGAGUUCUCAGAGCAGGUGGGGCCUCAGCCCCUCCUGACCAUCCCCGACGAUGCCAAAGUGUCGGGCACUUUCGACCUCAACUACUUUUCCCUCCGGAUCAUGUCUGUGGAUUACCAGGCUUCCUUCGUGGGGCACCCACCCGGCUCUGCUUACCCAAAGCUGAACUUUGUGGAGGAUUCCAAGGUGGUGCUGGGGGACUCGAAGGAAGGAGCCUUCGCCUACGUGCACCACCUGACGCUCUACGACCUGGAAGCCAGGGGUUUCGUCAGGCCCUUCUGCAUGGCAUACAUUUCCGCCGACGAGCACAAAAUCAUGCAGCAGUUUCAGGAACUCUCCGCUGAGUUCUCCAAAGCCUCUGAAUGCCUGAAGACGGGGAACAGGAAAGCUUUUGCUAACGAACUGGAAAAGAAACUGAAAGAUCUCGACUACACCAGAACUGUCCUGCACAACGAAACCGAGAUACAGAAGAAAGCCAAUGACAAAGGGUAUUACACCACCCAAGCCAUCGAGAAGGCCAAUGAGCUGGCCAGUGUGGAAAAGUCCAUCAUUGAGCACCAAGAUCUGCUGAAACAAAUCCGGUCAUAUCCCUACAGGAAGCUGAAAGAGUCCGAAUUCCACCCCUACCAGCCAGAAGCUGCGCUGGAUCCAGCCGGCACGGGCUGCGACCAGGACCUGACUACCUCGGAUCUCGCUGAGCCCAGCCCAACACACCUUUACUCCCAUGCGCCGUCCUAUACUCCCAAGCUCAUCAAAGCCAAGUCUGCCAAAUGCUUUGACAAGAAGCUGAAGACGCUGGAGGAGCUCUGUGAUAUUUAUUUCUUCACACAAACCCUUGACCAGUUGCAUCAGAUCGAGAGGACGUUCAGAGGUGACGUCUGCUACCUCCUGACGGAUCAGAUCAGUAGAGCGCUCUUGAAACAACAAAGCGUAACGAACUUCCUCUUUGAGGAUGGCUCUUUUCUGGAUGAAAAACCCCCUGAAAAACAGUACAGAGGCUGCCAGGAGCUCGGUCAAGAUGACGUCGAUAGAAAGUGUUCAGGAGAGUCCCCCGCUCCUAAAGUUGUCAUCAGCCUGGGCUCCUACAAGUCCAGUGUGGAGUCAGUGCCCAUCAAGAUGGAGCAGGAGCUCGAGGAUUCCCACGAACCCAAAAUGAGCGAAUCCAUCACAUUUGAGCCCCAGGAGAACCUGGACUAUCUCGACACCGACAUUAAAGGCAGCAUCAGCAGUGGUGAGAGCAUCGAGGUGCUGGGGACGGAGAAAUCCGCCACAGGCUUGCCAAAAUCGGAGAGCCAGGGCAGCCUGCCUGUGAGCCCCAGCCCCCAGGCAGGCAGGAGCAGGGUGGGCAGCCGGCGCACGGUCAGCGAGGACAGCAUCGAGGUGCUCAGCACCUGCCCCUCCGAAUCUCUCAUCCCUGAAGAUUUCAAAGCGAGCUACCCAAGUGCCAUUAAUGAGGAACCUUACCUGGAUGAUGACGAAGACGGAGGCCUUCGCUUCACCCCAAGAUUAAACCCGGGCGAUGCCGACGAGCGGGAAGACCUUUCACAACAGGAAGGCUUGGCACAGGUUGAUUCCGCUUGUUGUAUCGGGAAGGAGAGUCCAAACUUCCUUGAGGCUGAGCUGGGCCAGAAGCCCUGUGAUGAGGAGGGGGUGGUCAGGAUCCCCCCACAGCCGUCCCGCCCGGCUGAGCAGGGGCUGCGCGGGACUUUUGGGGGCUUCCCCUCCCAUGACGGCAUCUCGGGGGGACUCCUUCCCUGCGAGCUCGAUUCGCGCUACCCGCUGGGCAGCCGGGAGCUUAGCAAGAGCAGCCUGGAUGAGUACUCAGAUUCCACCAGCUACAUGAGCAGUGCCGCCUCCACCUGCUCCGACAGGACCCCGUCCCCUGCUCACCCUGCCUGCCAGGGGACUGAAAGGCACAAAAAAAAGGCCGGGCAGAACGCGCUGCGCUUCAUCCGGCAGUACCCCUUCGCCCACCCCGCCAUCUACUCACUGCUCAGUGGGAGGACACUGGUGGUGCUGGGGGAGGAGGAAAACAUUGUCAAGAAGCUGGUGACGGCGCUUUCCAUCUUCGUGCCCAACUGUGGGGUGUACGCCAAGCCUGUGAAGCACUGGGUGACUUCCCCUCUGCAUGUGGUGGAUUUCCAGAAGUGGAAGCUGAUUGGACUCCAGAGGACGGUGUCGCCUGCCGGGGUGAACGUCCUGCACGCCCUGAGCCGCUACAGCCGGUACAUCAGCAUUCUGGACGCCGACAGUAAGACUCUGCGCUGCCCGCUCUACAAAGGCACUGUGGUGUCCCGGCUGGCAGAUCACCGCACGCAGAUCAAGCGAGGGAGCACCUACUAUAUGCACGUCCAAAGUAUCCUCACCCAGCUGUGUUCUAAAGCCUUCCUCUUCACCUUCUGCCAUCACUUGCACCUUCCCAUCAGUGAAAGGGAACCGGAGGAAUCCGUUGUGAAGCGCAGAAUGAACUUUCUGAAGCUCCAGCUGGGCCUUGCCAAUGAAGAUAUCAAAAUCGUGCAGUAUUUAGCGGAGCUGCUGAAGCUGCGGUACAUUCAGGAACCCGGCCAGGGGGGGAACCCUGUGCUCCGAUUUGACUAUGUCCCCAGCUUUUUGUACAAGAUCUAGGCUGGCCCAGGAGCCGGCUGCCUGCGUGCUCAGAGUCUGACAGAUCACCCGUGCUUGGCAUCUGCGCUGUCUGCAGCAGCUCAUCCGUUGGGAAGGAGCGAAGAAGCUGAUGUGUUUGCUCCGCAGAAACCAGUGUCUGAGGGAGCAGCUUGCUGUGUGGUUCCCUGUAGCCACAAAUGUAGAUGUUCCAUCACACAAACCACCGAGCACUCCGUUUUUAAAUGUUUGAAGGGGCACUAUUGACUUUUAAAGCAUAUCAGAGGGGGAUUACGGUGUGGAGAGAGAGCUGGGCUGUGUUGGGGAUCAAUAUUUAUUAGUGUGCAGCCCUCAAAAUACCGCACGCUUUUGCCAGAGCCCGGAAUGCCAUCUAUCCCUUCUGUGGAGCCGGAGUGGAGGCCAGAGGCGGGAUGUAAAGGCCACGUGAAGGUUUUUAAUCGACUUGUGUCUCACAUGAGCGUAGCUUGGGAGCUCCCUGGCUGGGCGGCAGCUUGCAGUGACCCAUCUGUGCACAGCAGUGGUGGAUGGUGUGUCCAGUCCUGUGUUUUUCUGAAGUUCCUGGCACUUCCCAGGACAGUUUGUCCCUGGGUGGGUGGGAGAGCAGCGGAGACGCGUGUGCUUCUCUCAGCUUUGCUAAGAUCUGGAGUGUGGAAGGAUUCCUUAACGCCGGCGAGCACCGAGGCGCCCGCUGCUGUGAAUGUUGAGUGCUGUGCCUUGUUAAUUUGUCACGUCCCAUUUGUUGGGCGACCUCUGAGAAGGGUGGGAGGGAAAUCGGGAAUCCCCAAAGGGGGAGGGUGGCCUUCUAAGGAGCAAGAGGAACUCAUUGGAGAUCGGGGACCCUCGUUUUUAGGUGCUUUUGCGAUGGGGAAACCAACAGUGCAAUUCAGCUGUGAGACAGUGAGCUGUUAGAGCAGGUUGGUGCAAUACUAGCGCUCAGGAGAGAUCGGGGGUGAAUGUACCGAAUUCCGCGUUUUAUCCAUAAUAGUUUGGUUUGGUUUUUUUUGUUGGGGAAUUGACUUUUGUGCUUUGCAGUACAGCAGAGUCAGCAUCACUGCAUGCUGCUUCUUGGCCAAGCCUUUGUAGUGUCUCUACUACCUCUCCUGGCUCUGGACGGGGCAGAAUAUAACGAGGAUUUUCCUUUCAAAGCUUCCGUUCUGCUGCCUGUGCCAUAAAGGUUGUGGUGACACUCUCAGGUUGUUCCUGUCCGUGCCAAAAGCUUUGUACCCGGGCACGGUGUGUCCCACUGGAGUCUUGUAGGAGAUUCUGCUCCUUGGCCACUGGUCCUGGGCUGGGCACUGCUCUGCCCAGUCCGUGCAGUGGUACCAGCCCCCAGGGUACUUCUAAGCAAGGAAAGCCUUGCUGGGAAAGAAAACCUUGGUUUUAUUUCUUUUUAGCACUCUUGUUAUGGAGUGAGAACAGUCAAGAUUGUACAAGACGAGCCGAAGUGGUGUUUGAUUUGGUUUUGUUUUUUUUAACUUCUGUUUAUUGUGCUGGAGGUGAACGCAAUGUUCCAUCCAUGCCCGGGGAGGUUUCUGUGACAGGCUCGCACACAGGUUUGUCGUGUGGCUCAGACCCCACUGAAGCUUGCAGCCAGAACCACGCUGCUCCAAAACCCAAAGGCAAGGAGGCUCCGUGGGAGCUCUAAACCAUCUGUUUUAAGACUGGUUUAAGUGGUAGUGUUUUUUCUGGUGGCUUUCAGCCAGGUCAGCCUGAACAGGUUGAGCUCGUGGUGCUCUCCAGGGGGGAUUCCUAAGGUCAGGGGUUGCUUGUGACGGUGUUUUGAGGUGGCAGGUGGGAAACAGCAUGGCUGGAGGUGAGCGGUGUGCCUGUGUGCAGAGCUGCACAACUUAAAAGCAUGUUUAAAGGCCUUUUCCUUUCCUAACCAUGCCCAUCACAUGUGAACUGGGUCUGCUGGUGCAAGACUUCGGUGUCCACCAAAAACUCCUGUGUUCUGAAGUGACUUGAGGUGUCCCCAUGUCAAUUCGUGUGCACCUGAACAGCUGCCGCACUGAAGCGGAGACGAGAGGUGUCUCAAUGAGUGAGUAACACGGGUGACACGGCACAGACCGUGGCUCCCUGCAUCCUGCCUGACCCACAGCUCGCACCAGAGCUUGUUUUCAGCUGGAAAACACCCCGGGGCUGUUUGGGUUUGAGGAAGGAGCAUCAAACUUUUUUCCCUGCUGACUCACGUCUUCCCCCGGGCUGACAGCACAGAGCGGCGGAGCAGGAUUGACGGUGAGUGUUGGCUGAUCUCUUAGUCACAGUGGUCUCUGCCUGUGGCAUUCAGCUGCGCUCAGAAAUCGAUCAAUAACUCACUUCUUGCUCUCUCUAUCCAACCUCUAGUAGCUGCUACUCAAGGCUGCGUUGAGUAAUACUUGCACUAUCACCUCUCUGACCUGCUUCAUCUCUCCGCCACAAAGCGGCUCUGAUUUGGGAGGAUCCCCCGGGGCUUUGCUGGCACCAUCAUCAGCUUUGAAAUGGGAGCUCUGUGCUUUCUGCAACUCGGCUCUUGAGUAGGAGCUGUGGGGAGAUGCGUCUUGAGGGGAUCUUGUCAUCCUAAAGCAGGUCGCAGCAGAGAACUCUGAGCUUGGGUGCCAGGAGAGGGGAGUCACGUCGGGCUGCGGCACCUCGGUGCAGCCAGAGCCCAGCCUGUCUGUGCUGCUCGUGGUGCCUGUAACGGCGGCAGAAAUCAGGAAGAGUCUGAGUGGUUCAGGAUCUGAAUUUCUCUUCGCUCAGUAAUUUCUUUGUCUGCUACUGUACAGCAGAGAUCCCUCUAUCGGCACUUUAAGACUCUUUCAUCGUCUUCACUGCAUUACCUCACUCGUUCCUGAUAUUAGCAGACUUACAAGAGGUUCCGAUUUUCGCACUAACAGCUCCCAUGACGAACUUUGGCAUGUGUGUUCGUCAGCUUGCACCAUCCGAGUGCCACCCACUUCCAUGAGUGCUGCCAGCAUGUCCCCACUGCUGCGUGCCAGCUCCGGCUCCCUCCUCACUCCCUCCUGGUUGUCAGCAAGAGGAGGCUGUAGGUCUGACCGAGAAUUUAUCAGAGUGAGGGUGUCCCCUGGCCGCGAGGACAGAGCUCCGUUUUCUGACUCCUCCACUUUCGAGACGGGCUGUCACCCCUUGCCUGUUGCUUUCAGCUCCCACCCAAGGAGGGUCAGCCAUAGGAGUGGGCGAUAUUUAACCCUACACAGGUUCCGUUUCUCAGAGAAUAAUGCUCCAAUUUACUUCCAUCCAGUAGCAAUCACUCCUAAGCAGCUCCAGAGCUGCCUUGCCUUGCCUAGGGGAGUACUGCCUCUACUCCAGCAAUAUUCACCGCUUGGUAAGGGGUGGGAGCGGUGCUGAGGGAUGAGAUCUGGUAACUUUUUGGUUUUUGGUGAGCGUGGCGGGGCCCUGAGCCCCCAGCUGGGUAUGGGAUGACAGCCCAUGCUAUGGAUUCGGUGUCUCGGAGGGCUGGGCAGGAACCGGGUCUUGCAGCGGCACUUUGAAAAUGCUCCUCUAUAAGGUGUGCUGGGGAAUACGGCGCUGCCCAGGCGGCAGGAAAGCGCCUGCUCCACUCUGUCAGCACCGGGUCAGAGCAACAGACUGUACCCGACACCAGGGGGGUCACAAACCCACUGCAAACAGGUCCCAGAGACGCAUUUUAACUGGAAGGCAGAAACAGGGUACCCGGUCCCACUGCUGGCGUGGGGAUGGGGCUGGGCUGGCAGCGGCAAGGAGGCCGUGAUGAAUUCUCAUAUAUUUUAAAGCACUGUAUCCUAUCACUGCAUGUCGAGUUCCGUGUGUGUGCCUGUGCGUGCCGAAUGCUUGCGUCAGUAGUUAGGGCGAGUGUGACCGGGAGAAAUCCAAGAAGCAUGUCUUAGUGUUGUGCUGUAAAUGUUACUGCACAAGAGUUUAACAGAUGUUAACACCAAAUGACUAGUCUGAGAAAUGUACUUUUAAAAAAAAAAAUUAUUUAUUUGGGUUCAGAUAUUUUUGAAAUACAAAAAAAAAAAAAAAAUUGGUUGUAUUUUUUAAAGCGUAUAAUUCUUGUCAUACAUUGUGGUUAAAUUCUUAAUUUUACCGUGCUUAUUAAAAAAUGGUUCUACCUAA